AAGCCCCCCCAAGCUGCCGACAGUCCUCUCUUGAGGAAUUGGCAAAAGCUUGCUAUUUUUCUCCUCUUUUCUUGUUCAAGAACAAGAUUUAGGGCCUAGAACUCCCUCUAAAGCCAAGGAAUUUUGGAUCUGCAGUUUCUCUUCCUCCCCUGUCCGCCGGCUGCUAGUGGGUGUGCAAAUUUCUGGGCUUUUUUCGGUAAGAACAGCCAUUAAUCCAUCUUUUUUUAAAUCCUCUUGGUUCUCCCAAAUUUUCGGUAGAUUCUUGAUUUUUCCCCUGCACUGCCGCCGGCCUUCCCCCAACUGCAGGUCUGGUUUUUGCUGCUAAAUUUUGGUUCUUGAGUGUUCUGUCACCUGAGCACUGGGAUUGAGUUCUUGGUUUAUGCGAGUGAGGAAGCAAAGUCAAGGACGGGGAAAAACGGGAGGAGUAACGAGUUAGAAGGCUAGUCAUCUUGUAAAUUUGAUAUAGAUUUUAGAUAUAAAUCAUGAUCUUGUAAGUUAGAUUUUAAUUGGAGAUUUUAUAAAUUCAUUGAAUGGAUUGUUAGUUUACAAAAGAUUUGACCUUGAGAUUUUGAGUUUAAGUCAGAUAUGAGACGAGCAACUACUCAGCUUGAGCUAGCCUCCUGCACAGCAGCAGCUUUCCAGUUUGACUCAGCUUCCCACACAGUUGCAGUAGGAGCCAAGGAAGUUUAUGUUCAGCUGGAGGAAGAGCUAUCUUGUGUUGUCCUGAAGACAGGACAUGGCAUGGAUAAAGGAGAUGACGCUUCUGUAAACCUGAGUCAAAGGAAGGUGCCUAGCCUUAAUUGCCGAGGCACAUUCAACCAUGAGAGGUUUGGGAGGACUAUCACAAUAAUAUGGAAGUACUUGCAUGAUAAGCCAGUUCUUUUUUGGUUUAGCUGGCCUGAGGAAAAGAAGAGGGUUGCUUGGGAGAAUUUCCAAGUAUGAAAAUUAGAGAAUAAAAUGAAGUAUUUUUU